AUGUUCGAUACAUUUAAUACAUUAUUUGAUACACUCCGUUCAUUAUUAGCAUCAAAUGAACCAAUUGAUAACGAAAAAGUUCAAACAAUUACAUCAAAUAAAAGCAAUUUAUUAAAUAUUACAUCUAAUUCACCACAAAAUCCAGCUCAACGUAAUAUCCUAUUACGUGCUGAUAUUGAUGGAAUACAAUUUGAUUCAUUAACUGAACGUCGAAAAUUACCACGUUUAUUUAUUGAUGAAUGUUUUGCUAUAAGUGAUUUAUUUCAAUUAAAUGAAUAUGAUUCAUUAUUAUUAUUAAUUGAAGGAGAAUCAUUACAAUCAAAUUAUCCAGAUUGUACACGUGGUUUAUUAGCUGUACAAUUAUAUUAUGAAUCAAAAGAACGUUUAGCUGCAUGUUUAGCUUAUUUAAUGGCUUGUUUAAGUGGUCGAACAUUUCAAUCAUUACUUAAAAUAUCAAAAUCAAUUGAAUUUUGUACAAAUUUUACUAAUGAACUUAUUGAACAAAGAUUAAUUGAAAAUAUUAUUGAACAAUUAAUAUCAUUUCAAAUACGUAAUGAAGAACAAAAAUUAUAUUCAAAAGCUGGCUUAGGAAAUGUUAAACAUCGACGACGAGUACAAGAUUCAAUAAAACAUAUACGAUCAUUUCAAGCUAAAGCAAUUUUUUUAUAUAGUUGUCAAAUACGUUUAACACGAUCACAUUUACUUUCAAUUAUUAAUUAUUUAGCGAAAUAUUCAACAAUACAAGAUGAUGGUAUUAUUGAUGAAUCAACAUUAUAUCUUCUUGGAGCGUUUCUUUAUGGAAUAACAUUAGCAUUAACAAUUCCAAAUGAUACAAAUAUCGGUUCAUCUUCAAUUAUUACUUCAAAACAUCAACAAUUUAGUUUACAAGAAGAUCAACCAUUAAGUCCAUUAGAAGAUAAUACAACAACAACAACAACUUCAUCCAUUGAUCCAGCAUUGAUAACAUCUAUUCGUGAUAUAUUAUCAAAUGAUGAACGUUGGAUUGUACCAGAAUUAAAAGCCGUUUGUCAACUUGCUUGGGCUAUUAUUUUACGAGCACGUUCACAUACAUUACCAGACGGACAUAUUUAUUCGGAAGAUAUUGAAGCAUUAGCAGAUACAGCAGUUGAAGCACAUGUAUUUGCAUUUUUAUCGGAAACAGUUACUAAAAGUUCUUUAUUUCAACAAGAAGAAUUUUUAAUUCGACGUUUUCAUAUGCUUUUUGUCGAUUUUAUUUAUUAUUUACCAUUUAAAUUAAAAGAAUUACGUGUACAAGCUGAAGAUACAGCACGAAUGAUUGAAGAUUGUGAACGGGCUAGAAAACCUUUGCCAGAUAAUUUACAAAGGGAUUAUGAAUAUUUUCUUGAAUUACUUUCAACAUUUUAUGCAAAUGAUCAUAUGGGCUUACAUUUGAGUGAAGAAUUUUGGAUUGCUGCCGAUGCUUUAGCUGGACAUAGACUGAUGCAAUCGCCAACACAACAACAGGUUGCAUUAGCAAACUUUGUUGAAUCAGCUGGUGGAACUCUAUCAGCAUAUCUUUAUUGUCAUUACAUUCAUAUGCUAGCUGGUAUAUCCUCAACACAAUCUAGUGCUCAUGCUUGCUUUGAAUUACUACGAUUUGCUAAAGAUACCGGUGGACCAACCUGUUGGAAUCGAAUAUUUCAAGCAUUUCUUCUUUAUCGUAAUACAUAUCGACCAGAUACAUUACUUAAUCAACAACAACAAACAUCGUUUGGUGCAUCACCAUCUCCAUCAGCAAUAAAAACAAUUGCUCCAAAAGAAGUUACGGCUCUUAUUGCUGUUUUAAAUCUUAUUGAAGUUAUCGCAUCACAAGAUGAAGUCUCUCGUAUUGGUUUUUUUGAACAUCCACAAUGGCAAAUAACUGGUGCCUUUUUUGGAUUAUUAUCAUGUCGAAUAUCUCUUGAUCUGAAAGCAGCAUUAUUUAAUACUUUAUCUGCGUUUACAAAAACAUCUGAAAUAGCAAUGCAUUUUUGGAAAAUUAUUGGUGACGUUGAUUUAUUUGCACCAAUGGAAAAUUCUGAUAUGCCAGCAAUAGCUUAUGAAAUCGAAGAAUUUGAAGUUCCAUCACAAAAAUAUACUUUCUUAAAAUCAUGUCUAAAAUUUCUUCAACCAAUUAUAUCACAACAAUUAAAAACAAAUAUUGAUAUGCGUACAUUAGGUUAUUGUGUUGUUUUUCUUGUUAAUCAUGUUUUACUUAAAAUACCAACAAGAACAUUUAAAUCAAUACAAGAAAAAUGGCAAAUUAUUGAAUUUGUUUUAAUAAUAUUAAAUGAUAUUGUAAUAAAUUAUUUCUCAAAUCAAAUUAUUGAAAAUGAUCAUAAUGAAGCAAAACUUGUUUCACCAGGAGAAUUACUUGUUAAUGAUUUACUUCGUGGUGGAGUUCUUAAUAAUUUGCUCACAACUUUAAUAAGUGAUGGUUGUGAAAAAUUAUUUGAAUAUGUUCCAUUUAUCGGUGAACAAGAACUUUCAAGAAGUUUAAUAUUAAUCAUGGAAUUGUUAGAAUCAGUAACAUUAAGUAGUCAACAAAUAUUACAAACAGAUAAAUUAUCAUCAUUUACAUUUUGUCAAACACCAAUUGAACGUAUUGUAACAGAUACAAAUACAAAAGAUCUAUUUCCAAAUAUUAUGAAACUAGUUGAUAUGAUUGAUUAUUUUCCAAAAUUAGCACAUCAAGCAUUAUCAAUAUUUGCUAAAACUCUAAGUGAAGACAAGUUACAAAAACCAUUUCUUCGACUUUUACCAAAAGAUCAUAAAGAAAAAGCUUUAUUAAGAAAUGGUAUUGUACGAUGCUUGGAAUUUACCGAACCUGAUUCAGAUAAUAAUGAUGAAAUGGAUGAUAAUGAUUUGAAAGCUCGAAUGCGUUAUACUGUUCUUUGGUUAUUAACAAAAUCAGUUCAAUCUAAUAUUGGUCAUUAUCUUUGCGGUUUUACUCGUCAAAAUCAACUUGAACCAAUUGAUUUUUAUUCAACUUUAACUGGUAGAAGUUGUCGUGUUAAUAAUUGUCUUCAAGCAAUUCUAACAUUUUUUGAUGAUUUAUCACCAAUGAAAAUUGAUUACUAUCAAAAAUCUUUACCAUUAUGUUAUGAAGUUCUUUAUCUUUUAUGUACAAAUAACUCUUCAAAUAUAAUUAAAGUAACAUUUGAUAUUCUUCAUGAAAAUUUAUUCAUUCAAAAACAAAUACAAUUACAUUUUCCAUUAAAAACAUCAUCAUCAAAUAUAUUUAAAUAUUCAAUUGAAACAUAUUUAUUACGUCUUAUUGCUCAUGAAUUAUUUCAUUUAACACAUGAACCAACAAUAAUAUCAAAAAAUUUAAUUGACACAACGAUAAAUCUUCUUUUUGAAUUAAUUGAUAUUAAAUUAAAUCGUUUAACAUUAUCAUUAUUAAAUUUACCAUUCGUAAAACAAGAUCAUUUAUUAAUAAAUCAAUUAAAAACACCAAAUAUUGAUUUAAAUAAAAUUAAUCAUAUAUUACAAGCAUGUCAAUAUAAUGAACGGACAAAUUUAAAAUUAUAUCGUUUAGAUUCAUUAAAAAAAUUUUUAUCAAAUGAAAUUAAAUCAAUACAACAAGCAAAUACUAAUAAUAAUGAAUUAAUUAAUGAAAUUAAUAAUAAUCAAGAUAAUUAUAUUCAUGAUUGUAAAAUAAUUCUUGCAUAUGCAAAUCAAUUAAAUAAUGAACAAAUUGAUUUGUAUUGGAGAAAUUCUCAUAUUGAUGCAUGGCGUUCAUUAAUUGAAUUAAUACUUUAUCUUAAUUUAAAUCAAAUAAAAACAUUUCCAUUUGAUUUAUGUAAUUUUUUAUAUGAAAAAAUAUUUAAUCAAACUCAUAUUAUACUUGAUGAUCAACAAUCAAGUCAUUUAAUGAAUAUUUUUUUAACGUCAACUAUAUCAAUUAAACAAUUAAAAAUAACAGGAGAAUAUAGAACAAAUUUAAUUAUUAUUUUAAAAAAUUUAUUUGAUUUUAUUCAACAACGUUUUACAUCAAAAGGUCGUGCUGCUAUUUAUGGUUCUAUUGUUCAAGGUAUUGAAAUUAUUGAAAAUGUUGAACAACAACAACAACAAGAUGAUCUAAGAAAAAUAUUUAAUAAUGCUAUUCAACAUAAUCAUAAUUUGUUAACGAUUAUUUAUGAUGAUGCUCUUUCAAAUGUACCAGCUGUUCGAUCAUCGGCAUCAAGUCUGCUCACAUCUUUAAUAACCAUUGAUAUAUCGGAUAUAAUAUUCAAUAAUUUUAAUCAAACAUUUUUACGUUCACUUGAAAGUGAAUUACGUCAACUGAUGUGUGCUGUAGUACAAUCAUUACAAACAUCUGGUACAGUUGAUCUUAAAACAUGGCAUUCAUUUUCCUCUUAUAUGGCACUUCUUUUACAAAUUUCAUCAGUUAAUAAUGGUGCUCAAUUACUUGUAUCAAGUAAUAUCUUUGAUGCUCUUUUACCUCUCAUUGAUUUCCAUACCGAUACUCGACGAUUAUUACAUGAUAAUGAAACAAGUCGCAAUGGUCGAUGGAUGUUUGGUCGUACACUUGCAUUUGUUGUUGAUUUAACGGUUGCUUCACUAAUGGCAAAUGUUCGAACAAAAGAAAAAGUUUAUCAAUUUGCACACCAUUUAACUGAACUGAUUUUGACAAUCUUAGCAAGUCCAUUAGAUAAUUUAUGUGCAUUGCAUGAAAUUGAUACUGUUCUUAAAAUAAUCUAUACGCUUGAUGCAUCAACUGAUUCAAAUGCUUGUUCCAUUGAUGGACAAUUACAACGAAUGCGUCAUUCAUCAUUAAAAUUACUUUCAGUUCUUUCUCGUGAUGAUUUAUUUCGCCAUUUAUUAUCACAAAUAGAAACAACUCAUGCACGACAAAUCAUUUCAACAACAUAUUGGCGAGUUUGUUUUUAUGUAUUAGCCAUGGCUAUUCGUCUUGUUCAUCAAAACAGUUCAGAACUUGCUGAACAUCUUCCAGCUAUACUUAAAUUAUGUGAAUGGAUUACAUUAAAUAUAACAAAUUUAUCACAAGCAGAAAAAUCUACUUUGUUUAAUUUUUGUCAGAUGCCAGUUGAUCGAAUAGCAACACCAAAAAUCAAACAAGAUUUAUUAAUGAAUAUGAUGAAAUUAAUGGAUAGUAGUUCAUCAUUAUACAAUCCACAUUAA